UUAUCUCAUUGUUUUAGGUCAGGAUUUAAACAAAACGCGUUAGAUAAAAGAAGCUCCCUGUAAGAUAUCAGAUUCAUUCUAAAUCAUUGAAGUAUUCAGAUCGAAAUGUACUGGAAAUUCAGUUUUGUUUUUAUGUGUCUUGCUAUAUCGUUCUUUGAUCCAGCAUACUCUGAAUGGAGAGGAAAUUUCUACACCAGGAAGUAUGUCAGUUACUGGGGAACAAGACAUCCGUGCAUUAAGCGAACCUGGCCAGGAGUUUGCUGGAGCUACGGAACUCAACAUUAUCCAGUAUAUGGAUAUCAAACGUUAUGUAGCAGUGGAUGGAGGCAUAACGGCGAUCAUAACUGCAAUAUAAUUAUAGAUAUUCCAGGAAGCACAACAUACUCCAUUGAAGAAAGUUCUCAUGCAGGUUAACCAAGACAAGAGGUUCUCAUGCAGGUUAACCAAGACAAGAGAAGACUUACAAAAUGUUUGAUACCACUUAAUUUAUGUAAACAGAACAGAACAUAUUGUUUAUCAUGAUUUUUUCUUAGAUUCAAUGUUUUUUUAAUAGAUUUUUGAAUGGAUAUUAAUUUGGAAAAUUCUAGCUAUUUUAUAAAUUAUUUAUCUUUGUGUUGACUAAAUGCUUAAAUGGAAAUUUUAUAGAAAUUUGACAAUUCAGUGCUAGAUAGAUGUAUGAUAAAUAAACUUAUCAUAUGUACAA